AUGGCCUCCGUCACUUCGCUUGACAAGGACUUGCGCAGUCUGCGCUUGUCCCGCUAUACCCCGCAGGCAGCUGCGGAAGUCCGCGACUGGAUUGAAGAAGUGUUACACGAAAAACUCCAGCCAGGAGAUCUCCUGGAUGCUUUGAAAGAUGGCGUUGCACUCUGCAGGCUAGUCAACUUGGCCGUCUCCCCCGGCGUCAAGUACAAGCAGUCCUCGAUGCCCUUCGUGCAGAUGGAGAACAUCUCUCACUUCCUUCGCGCAUGCCAAAUGCAGCCCAUCAGCCUCCCUCCGCACGAUGUUUUCCUGACCGUCGAUCUCUACGAAGCCAAGGACCCCGCACAGGUCCUACAAUGUCUCACAUCUUUCAGCCGCCGGGCCAAUGCUCUCCAGCCUAGCAAGUUCCCUCGCGCACUCGGCCCUCAAAGCAAGGCAGCCACUCUGAGCCCGCAUGCCACCGGUUCCAGCCAAGGCGCUUACACCCCCACCAAAUCGAGUGUAUCCGGACACUCCAGCCCAGCACGAUCCCCGAAGCCAGUCAGCAGCUGGAGCAAGAAAUCGGAUGAGUUUGCCACGGCCCCGGCCUGGAACAUUCACCAGUACGGCUACAUGGGCGGUGCCAACCAGGGCAACCAGGGCGUUGCCUUUGGUGCUCGUCGGCAGAUCACUACCGCUGCCCCGCGUGUUCCCAGCCUGGCGGAGAAAGAAAAGCGGAGAAAGGAGGAAGAAGAACGGCAGCUUCUGGAGAAGCAGGAAGCGGAGCGCCAGCGCCAGCAGGAACGCGAAGCUGAAGAGGAACGUGCACGCAUCGAGGAAGAGCGCCGCUGGGAGGAGGAAACGAACCGUUUGAGGGAGAAAGAACGGCGUCAAGUCGAAGAGGAGCGCAAGCGCUGGGACGCGCAACAGCGCAAAUGGGAAGAAGAGGAGCGGCAACGCCAGCGCGAAGAAAAGGAAACGGAGGAUAGGCUAGAGCGCGAGCGACUGCAACGGCGAGAGGCGCAAGACAGCCGUCUCAACGGACAGUUCCUCAGCCAAUACCAAGCCAGUCUACCAACAGCAUCUCCCGUUCCCCCAGUCUCCAGCGAAAACCGCGAGAGACAACGCAUCCGCGAACUCGAGCGCGAGCUAGAACGCGCCAAGGAGAGAGAACGCCAAUACGAGCGCGAACGUCAAGACAUCCAAGAACGGGCAACCAAAUCGCCGCCUCGCAGCCCCCGCCCAGCCCAGCCCAGCUACGACCUGUCCUCCCUCGAGCAAGAACGUCGCAUGCUCCGGACCGAAUGGCAAAAGCACCACGACGAGCCACUCGCAGAAUCAGACAUUCCCCCAAGCAUGCCUCCCCGACCCCUCCCUGAGCCCGUCAUCGCCGCCGGGGACAAACCACCUACGCCCCCUCGCCCCUUGCCCGACCCCACCGAAGCGAAGCCCCCUAUGCCUCCACGACCCCUCCCCGAUCCCACAAGCUACACCUCUCCACCCCAAAGCCCCUACACACAAGAGAGCCGUGUCGACCGAUUCCUCGCAUCCAACCGGCCCCCUGUUGCCCCGAAGCCCGUUGCCCACCGGCCCCAAGACUACACAACCACUGCGGAAGUAGACGCCGAAAAUAGCCGUCGCGCCGCCGCCCAAGAGAAGACCAAGGCCGGCGGCUGGGCCUCCAAGUCCCUCCUGGAGCGCGAGAUGGAGCGCGAACGGGAACGUCAGCGCGAGUGGGAGGAGAAUCAGCUUCAGACACAGGAGGCAGCAGCUAGGGCUGGGUCUUCUACUGCGGGCGCUAGGCGGCAGAUUAUUGGGCCGAGGCCACCUCCAUAA